CUUUAGAUGCAGGACAGUCGCAGUCCAUUUCUCAUCAAGCCAAGCGUGCACUUUGACCCAAAGGAUAUCCUGUGCCUUCUCAGCAGUUAGACCUCGAGCGCAUUGCAGCCAGCUGACAAAAGAUCUUGCGAGCUUUAACGCGUGUCUCCACCCGAGCAAACAAAGACUUCUCAGCGUUCUCUGAAACAGAAAACAAGCAAGAUUGAAAACAUUGGCUCACAAGUUUGACCAUGAUGGAAGAGGUGAAAGAAGAGACGACUUCUCUGAGUGUUCAUGGUCACAGUGUCAAGGUUGCAGAGGUGCUGCAGGAUGGAGAUGGACUUACCUUUCUAAUUGUGUCUCAAAAACUGUCUGGGACGGGAGAGUACCAUGUGGACCGGACCUAUGAGGAUUUUGAAUGGCUGCAGCAGCACCUCUUCACUCAGGAGGAUGUGCCCGGGAUACAGGGAGUUAUAUUUCCUCCUCUUCCUGUAAAGGCUCAGAUGAAUCCAACAGCAAAGGCCGCCAGACAGCUCGGUUUCCUUGCUUUGGGGAAUUUGCAGCCCUACAGUGCAGCACUGGAAACGUUCCUCCACCAGGUAGCGGCACACAACCUACUGCAGAAAAACAAAGCUUUGGAGAUCUUCCUCACCAGCUCCGAACCGCCUGGUCGACAGAGAGCCAGGAAAAACAUUUUCAACCGCUUGAGUCAAGCUGUGGAAGAGAUGAGAAAAGAAGGUCACAAGGAUGUUGAUGACUUCUUUCAAACUAAACGGGACAUCAAUCACUCCCUAACUGGUGGCACCAGAAAUGCAGUGGAGAAAUUCCUCGAUGUGGUUCUCACUGAGCAAAAAAUAGCAAUGGCCUGUGGGCACUUUGCAGCCGCCCUGCAUUUAUGUGUGGAAUCCAGCGAUGAUCCUGACAAAGCAGCUUUUUCAAAGAUUUGUGUAAAAUUAUCAGACAUCUUUGAGUCCAUGAAGAAGAGUAUGACCAGCGUUGCUGAAAACGACGUGAGCACUCUCGGAAUCGGCCUGGAUCUGGAGUCACGCUACCAGGAAGCAGAAAAAGACAUGCUUUUCAGAAGGACCUGUAAACUAGUAGAGUUGGAAACUACCAGAAAGAAUGCAGAGAAGGCCAAGCCAGUCAAGAAAGCUCCUUUGGAGGAGGUGAAGAAAGCAGCAGAAAUUGAGUUUGAUCACAUUUGUCAAGUGGCAAAACAGGAGAUUGAGCACUUCGAGGGUGCUCGUGUGCAGAUGUUGCAGCAGGCUCUGGUGAAGUGGUGUGAAAAGCAGCUCCACACAGCCCGGGAAAUCGCUGACCAGUACGACCAGCACCUCCAGGCCUUCAGAGGGAUGUGACCCGCUCAUCGUUUGGUUGUGUUUCAGUACAAAUGAUGCUCAGUAUAAAAAGAAACUCACAACACCAUCUCAAAGUUCAUCUAUUGACAAUGAUUUGCUGUUCAUUUUCAACACUACUUUCUCGUUUGAUGUUAUCGUCCCACCAAAUAAAGUCUGACAAAUUGAAUCCCCCCCAAAACUCAGAGUUUCUCACUCUUAGGUCAUUAAUCCGUUUAACGAGGACACCGCAGCAAUGACGAUCUGAGCUCUUCUUCCCCUUUCACGGCCUUUCAUUCCUCUUGGUUAUGUGCGAAUGAUAUACGGUACCUUGCAUUUGCUUCAAAUGCACAUUUUCCCCUUGAAUGGAAGCUCAAACUAAAACACACUUCUGCCCAUAUGCUCGAUGUCAUCCUCCCCGCCCAAGUUUGUGGAGGACUGCGGGUCCACGCCUCAGAACCUCAGCCUGUUCCAUCUUAUCUGUUCCAGACCUGUAGUUUUUCCACUGCUGAAUUAGGUGGUGUGGUGGUCCAUUUGUGGGAGCGAGUGAGAAAGAGAUAAAUGGCUCCUCUCAUGAGAGGAGAGGCCAGAGAGGAAGCUGUGCUCAUUUGACAGUGGAGCUGGAGAUAAAAAGAAUUAUCAUCUCACUUAGCGUCCAGUGUUUUUUUUUUAUAUCCCAUUCACCACACAUAAGAUUAUAUACAGGAAUUGAGUGGUGGUGCUUUGGGAUCGGUAUGGUCAUCAUAAAAUGUACCAUUAAAAUUGCAGUAUCCAUAGUGCAGAUUGAAUAGCUGAUCAUUUGUGAACUGGAAAUGUGAGAAGGACUGGGCAGGCGGUCGUGGUGUCAGGGCAGGAGUAAAAACUACACACCCCAAAAAACAUGAAAGUGAUUCUCAGUGGUGACUUUUGGACAAGCCAAAAGUUGAAAAGCUCAAAGUAAUUGUCCAUUGAUCCUAAACAGUAUGGCAGCAUAUGCACCCUAUGGGCAAGACACAUCGCCUUCAUUCAGAAACUCUCACUCGUUUAUCACUUCAUUUGGAAGGAGCAACAACAUGACUCAAGUCUCCCUUCAAUUUAUUGGUCAA